CCCGGGUCAGGCUGAGGCGCGGCGGCACCGUGAGGCGCUGUCAGAGCCGCGCUGAGAGGUCCGCCCAGCUCCGUUCCGGGAUCCGCCGCCGCCGCUGCCAUGGAGCCCCAUCGCUGGCUGCCCCUGGAGGCCAACCCCGACGUCACGAAUCAGUUCCUGAAACAGUUGGGUAUACAUCCUGACUGGCAGUUUGUAGAUGUUUAUGGUAUGGAACCAGAACUGCUUAGCAUGGUGCCAAGACCUGUAUGUGCAGUACUACUUCUCUUUCCAAUAACAGAAAAGUAUGAAACCUUCAGAACAGAGGAAGAAGAGAGGAUAAAAGCUAAGGGACAAGAUGUCAAAUCAUCAGUGUAUUUCAUGAAGCAGACCAUUAACAAUGCUUGUGGGACAAUUGGGCUCAUUCAUGCUAUUGCAAACAACAGAGAUAAAAUGAACUUUGAAACUAAUUCUUCACUGAAAAAGUUCCUAGAAGAUUCAUUAUCUAUGACUCCUGAAGAGAGGGCCAAAUACCUAGAAACUUAUGAAGCUAUUCGUGUCACUCAUGAAUCCAGUGCCCAUGAAGGUCAGACUGAGGCACCAAGUAUAGAUGAAAAAGUAGAUCUUCACUUUAUUGCAUUAGUUAAUGUAGGUGGUCAUCUCUAUGAAUUGGAUGGGCGCAAGCCAUUUCCAAUAAACCAUGGGGAAACCAGCGACGACUCUUUUUUAGAGGAUGCAAUAGAAGUUUGCAAGAAAUUCAUGGAACGUGACCCAGAAGAAUUAAGAUUCAAUGCAAUUGCACUGUCUGCAGCUUAAAAGCCUUUUCCUGUGAGGCAACUCUAUUGCAAUGUAUUGUAAGAAUAAAACCAUUGCCAUAUGUUAAUAGUACAAAUUUUGAUACUUCCCUAACAUCUUGACUAAUUGUAGCAUACGUGGAAUAAACUUUGCAUUUGUCCUUGCUAUAUUUUGCUGCUUGUUCCUACUGCAACUUUGGGUAUUUCUAUACAGGCAUGCAUUUUGUGCAAGAUUUUUAUGUGGUGGGUUUUUUCCCUUCCACCCCCUUAAAAGUUUUGGGACUUACUAUCUGUGAUAUUUCCUUGUAAUAAUGAUGAGCUGCUUCAGAGCAGGAUUGUCAUUUGUAUCAUGCACAGGUAACAUUCUGAGUGGAGUAUGGUGAUAUGGCUGAAAACUUGGAGUAUGAGGUUAUCUCCAUCCUUUAUUUAUAAUGGUGCAAGAAUACUAUAAGAACUUCUUCAGGUGACUCAAGUGAAAAAAAAACAUUUUUUCAGUGCAUUAUUUUAAAAUAAAUGUGUGGAAGAAAAUAGGCAGAAAAAGGACUAUUCUUACUGUUGGUGAGCACUAACAUUUUAAAAUUAUCUUAAUGUUUACAUUUUGAAUAAAAACUUCACUUUGUUUCUCAAGUCUAAUAAUGUUAAUAAAUUGUCAAAAACUUUAGUUAAACCAAUGCUUGCUAUUUAUAUUAUAUGUGGAAAAAUGACAUGGGUUUUUGCCCCCGAAAAGGCACAUUAAGAAAUUCAAAUGGUAGGACUGUGGAGGGCACACACAGUUGAAUACAGCAAUGUGAAGUACCUCACCUAACUGAAAUAAAUGAUAGAAAAGUGAUGAUUGUUGUAAUGAAGUUUGUUUAGCAACAACAAACAGACUGGAGGUUUUAAGGCAGCCAUGAUAGUCAUGUACUUUUCUCCCCUGUUGGAAUAUGUCUUGUAAGUUUGUCAGGUGGCAUUACUGAAUGCUAUCUGAUAGCCUUCCCCUGUGCCAUCCCUCCCACUCCACCCACUGAUCUUAAGGUACUGUUGACCAAUUUCUAUACCUGAAUCAGUAACAUUGUGGUUGUUUUGAGUUUGAUCUUCCUGUUUGGUUUUGGGUUUGGGUUUGGUUUUUUAGCUAAGCAAUCUUAACACUUUAGGAUUCUUGUGAAGAUUGGUUUGGGUUAAUGUGUGUGGUUUUGACAUUCCAGAACAAUAUUCCUUAUUCACUCCUUUGAAGUGGAAUUAUUUAGGUUUGCUUCCAAUCAAACCCACUGCCAAAGGAAACUGAGCCCUCCACGUCCCAGAGGGUGCUUUCAUUCUCUAUCAAUUGUCAUUGCAGGAAAAAUGAAUGGGGUUAUGCCAGAAGCAUUCUGGCAGAGUUUUGCUUCUUUAUAGAAAAGAAAGAGGCCUGGCCUCUGUCUUAUCACUUUAGAACAUCUCUUGCACUCUAAAGAAAAAGUUGGCAUGUCUGUCUAAAACAUGUCACCUGGAGAGUCCAGUAACAGCAACAGUCUGUUUUCUAUAAGUGAGCUGCUUGGAAAAGCAAAGGAGAAGAAUAACACUAAUGAGCUUCUAUUUUUGAAGCUUUUGCUUUUUCACCCUAAUAAAAUGCAGUAUCAUUAAGACUUGGUUUAUGUUGCCAUGCUCAUUAGUAAAGCCCUGAAACUUGCUUUUAAAUAAAAAUCAGAGGCUUUAGUAACCGAACCAGCUGUGUUGUCUUCUUGCUAAUAUCAGCAAAAUCAAAUAAAGGUUGUCACCACUGAAUUGGGAAAUUGCAUUUUUUAAGCUAAUGAUGACUUGGAGGAUUGCCUUUCAAGUAACCCAUAGUUAAUAUAGAUAAGGCCCUUUUAGGAUAGGGGAGAGGGUGAGGACAGAGAGGAAGUGCAGUUCAAAGCUGUUAAACAAGAUACAUCAAUUGUCUACUCUAGAGAAAUGUCUCAUCAUAUAUGAUCUUCAGUGUUCAAAAGUGGGUUUAAGUAAUCAGUGGUGUGUCUCUGUUUUUGUGCAGCUGUUUAUUGCAAAAUCCCUUCAGAAGUGGAGCUCCUUGUUGGGUAAAAGGACUGACUAGACAAAUUAGGACAAACAUGAUAAGGUUAGAAUAGUAAAUUUGGGGGGGAUUUUCUGUGGUCAUGCUGAAAAAUACAUCUUGAAUCUUAAGUAAAAACCUAUAAAUAAGAAUUCUUAGUAUUUUGGCAGUAUUGCAGUUUUGCUCAGCAUCUAUGUAUUCUUCAAAUCAGUUGUUCUGCAGGGUAAGGUUUCCCUCUUUUAUUUGCCCUGUUAAUUUCUGGUUUAUUAAAAUGUAAGAUGGUACAUUUUGAGAUGCCAAAGGAAGAGCGGUGCACUAGUUUUUGUGCUGAACUGUAUCUGUUCACUGCAUGGUCUCUUGGAGAAACUGUGAAAGACUGCACUGCAGAAAUUCAUGUCACCCAACAUGUACAGUGUAAGAGCCCUCCAGAGCUUGUGAGGCCAUGCUUUGGCACAGGCUUUGGCACUGUCUCAAGGAGCACAGGAAGUAAAGGGAUCUACAAGCUGCUGGAAUAUCUCCCUCAUGGACAUAACCUGUACAACAUGGGUUAAAAAAGCGAAGUAUGAAGACUUGGCUGACUUGUAAAGCUGAGCAAGGUCCUGCUAGAGGCUGAUAAACCCUGUAGACCCCAUGAUGCUUUUGGCUCUGUGAUGCCCCAGUGUCUGCAUCAUCGCCUGAGCUGUACAAUCUCUGCUUAUUAGCUCAAGCUCUGUGGGAAAAUAACACUGUAUGUUCUAUCUUGUGCAUCUCUGCCAGAGCCUCAACACCUUUGUGUGGAGGAGCGUGGCUUGGCCAUGGGCACACAGUGCAGGAAAUCCCUCUGCAGUCUGGGCUGCCUGUACACCCCAUUUUAUGGAAAUGGUGUGUGUAGGAGUGAGGAGGUGAUGCAUGCUCCACGCUUGCAUUAAUUUUAGCUGAGUGGAGCUGGUGUGCUAUUAAGCAGUCAGGAUUGUUCAAGCCUUUUAAGUAUAUUGGUGCAAGUUUUCCUAUGUUAUUUACAGACAUUUUGUUAAGAAAUGAUAAUUUAAUAACCAGUACAAUGCCCUUUCCUUUCAGUCAUGGCUGCAUGAUUCAUUUAAGGGAAGAAGAAGAAAGUUGUUUUCUGACAUUGAAAUGUAUGUUUGAAAAUAAAGAGACUUAACAGCCCACACUUACAAAAUAAGUACGGUCUUCCCUUAAAGAAAGAAGCCUGCCUUGGUAGAAAAUAUUAUUGUGUCAAAUAUUUGUAGAACUCUUCUUGAAAAGAAUAUGACAUAAGCUGUUGCUUGAUUUAUCCCCAGGAGCACACACAUUGAAAGGGUUUAUUUUUGUCUGGUAGAACAAUAUUACAUUUGCUACUUUUGACAGCAACAAUUAGCAGUCAUAUCUGGUAUAUGUAAUCUUUCUCUGAUCUAGGACUCUGGUGACUUACAUUGUUAGUGCAAAGGAAUAAUAAAACUAUUUUGGUUGCUCAGGCUCACAUAGAUAAUUUAUCUGUGACAGUUGAUUUAAAAUUCACUUUGAGGAUGAGAUUUACAUGUUGGAACUUUUUUUACUUAGUGAGGAACUUCAACUUGAAAGUUGCUGUGAUCCAUGCAGUCUACUUAAACACUUAAUCAAAUUACAUGAUUACUCAAAUUACUUGAAUUACUUGAUCUAAAACAUUAAACUCUUCAUUUGUAAGAAAAGUUACUUGAUUUGUUAUGAAGUGAAAUAAAGCAACCAGAAAUAAGUGAGAAA